ACUUACUGUCAAACACCUCUCUCUUUCACAAACCCGAAAAAACUUCCUUUUUAGAUAAUGUCAACACCAACAAACUCCAAUGACAAGUCAGAAAAGUUUCAAGAUUUCUCCAACUGAAAGAGAUUCAGAAAAUUAUAGUGAAGAAGAAGAAAUUCGCACAAGAACACUCUCAGAAAAGUUGAAAAAAGUUCAAGAAAUGACAGACUUUCCGGGAGAAAGGUUAACACCUGACAAUGAUGAGAAUCCAGUUAAUUCUGAAAAACCGGAAAAUAAUGAAAAUCAAAGUAUUAAUUCUCCUCCAGAAAAUAAUGAAAAUAUUGGACGGUCUCGGCAUGGUCCAAAUCCAUCAAAACCUCUAAAACGAUCUCCUUCAACGCCAUAUUUGGAGGAUAAACUCAGAAGAAAGUUGAAGUUCUUUUUUAUGGGACCACAUGAAAAAAUAGUAGCUAGGAAAAAAUGUCCUUGGAAACUUAUAUUACAGAUACUGAAAGUUGUUAUUGUGACAGCACAGCUUGUUAUGUUUGGAAAAGAGAGGUCAUUGUUUGUUGAGUAUGUUGAGAAAAACAAUAUAGCAUUAAAACAUCUGUAUCUGAAGGACUGGGAAAACUCGUAUGAAACUAUGCCUUAUCCUCCAGCUAUAGGACAAUAUGCCAUAUACAACUUUGAUGAACUGUAUGAACAUAUUAACUUUGCAAUGAAGCAGUAUAAUCGGACAGAAGACACAGCUCUUGCUGUUUUCCAGUUGGUACGUCAGAACGGAUCUGUGAGAGCCAUGGAACUGUGCAGCGAACAUUACAAUGGUGGCACUCUUUAUCCUAAUGGAACAUUCAGCUUUUAUUCAGAGAAAAAUCAAGAUUGUGUUUUUGUGUAUCCAGUACAAGAAACAAAUAAAACAACAGGAAAGACAGAGGAUAAAUAUGACAUCAAGGAGUAUCUAACUCAAAACAACAAAACAAAUUUAUUUCACAGGAUUAUCAAGUUGACCCUGAAGUUCAAAAUAAAAUCCUACAGACUAAAUGCAGAAGGAAGAAAAGUAGCACCUGAAUGUUUCUUAGUCCAUGGCCUUAUAGUAUUUGAUGACUCCAAUAGAGAUGGACAGAUGUUAUUGACUUUAGACACAGAACUAGAAGAAAGAACCUGUCAUGGCCAUUAUAAUUAUGGAGAUGAAGAGAAGCAGGAGAGACUUACGAAUACACUGUAUGAUAUCUUUGUUAUAUGUGUGAGUGUUCUCUCUGCAGUUCUGUGUUUGAGGUCUCUAUACAGAGGACAUCAACUCAAACAGAAGACAAUAGAACACUUCAGAAAAGUUUAUCGUAAAGAACUAUCACGGUCAGAUAAAUUUGAGUUUUUAAACUUAUGGUAUGUUGCCAUUGUCCUCAAUGAUAUCUUCACGAUUGUUGGAAGUUCAUUCAAGAUACAGAUUGAGAAUAAGAAUGCUCAGAGUACCUCAGAGAACUAUGACAACUGUAGCUUGUUUCUGGGAACUGGUAGUAUACUGGUAUGGUUAGGAGUCCUUAGAUAUUUGGGAUUCUUCAAAACAUUUAAUAUUCUCAGUAUGGUUUUAAAGAAAGCAUGCCCAAAUAUGAUCAGAUUUUUGGUUGGAGCUCUGAUGUUGUAUGUAGGUUUCAUGUUUUGUGGAUGGGUUGUACUUGGACCAUACCAUAUAAAGUUCCGUUAUCUGAGUACAUCAUCGGAGUGUUUAUAUUCAUUAAUCAAUGGAGAUGACAUGUUUGUAACAUUUUCGGCAACAAUGACAAAGAAUAUGGUGGUGUGGUAUUUCAGUCGAAUCUACCUGUAUAUAUUUAUCUCACUGUUUAUUUAUUGUGUUUUGAAUUUGUUUAUUGCUGUUAUUCUGGAUACGUAUGAAACUAUUAAGGAGUACUAUGAACAUGGCUUUCCCAAGAGUGAUCUGACAGAGUUUAUAUGUAAAUGUAAUGACCCCCCAACGUCAGCUUUAUACAGGGGAGAAGACACUGGGUGUGGUCUCUGGUCUUGUUUAUGUUGCUGUAAAAGAAAUGCAGAUCAACCAGGAGAAUAUACUAGUUUGUUAUAGAAUUAAUAUGCUGUAGUCGAGAAGUUAGUAAUGGCCCCAUUGUCCAGUUACAGGUGACAGUGAAUUAAAAUGAUCAUGGCUUUACUAGAAAUUACAUUUGUGGAUUAAAGAAAGUGCCAGUGAAAUACAAUGAUCAUGACUUUACUAGAAAUUUGUGGAUUGAAGAAAGUGCAAGUGAAUAAACCUUUACAUGUCUCAGCAACUGAAUCUGAUGUUAUAUACAUUUACAUAACAGUUCAGUUUUAAUCUUAUAUUAAACCUUACAUUAUUGACUAAUACUCAUUUCACAUUCCAACAAAAUGAUCAUUCCUUGUAGUAUUCAUUUUAUUUAUUUCUGUCAUAUUUUUAGAGUAAAUACAGUAUAUAAAUUUUUAUUUGCUUUUAUUUAAUUUUAAAAUAAUGUACCUUUUUAGGUAUCAAUUUUAGGGGAUUAAUGAAAAAUUGCAUUUUUGCAAAUAGAUUUGGUUCAUCUUUACCCACCAUUUAUAUCAAAAUAUAAUGGUUCAAUACAAAAUACUCACAUCAUUCUUAACAUCUAAUUGUAGCUGCCUAACCAUGCAUAAAGGCAAGAAUAUAAUAUAAUAUAAUUAUUGGUUCAGAUUUGGUUUUUAGACUGCUGCUGCUGUCUUAUCCAGCUAAAAAUCCAUAUAUUUAACAAUACUCUACAAUAUUACAGCACUAUUUAUUACUUUUAGAGUUGUAUUCAUUUGCAAUAUCUAUAAAUAUAAGAUUUCGUUACACUUCUACACCAAACUUUUUUGAUUAAAACAUGUUUUUGUUUUCAAUUUGGAGUUAAUGACAAAAGAAGCUUUUUUCGUUUUGUUAGUUUUGUCCCCCGCGUAACAUGUUGUGGAGGAUAUGGAUAUACAGGGUGUAUGUCUGUCCAUUCAUCUGUCCAUCCGUCCGUCCAGUCUUCUAUGCGCUCUCACUUCUACACUUCUUGCCAGAAUUUUAUGAAACUUAUAUCUUAGGUUUUUAUAAGUAAUGUCUUUGACACUUAAGAAAAUAAGUUCUGUUCAAAUAUUUUUAACGAGUAAUACGUACGGUGACCUAUAGUUGUUAAUUUCUGUGUCGUUUGGUCUCUUGUGGAGAGUUGUCUCAUUGGCAAUCAUACCACAUCUUCUUUUUUAUAUAUAUCCCUUGGAAAUAUAAAUUAUAAUGGAAAUCACAUUGCAUUUGCUCUGAAGCCUUCAUUUCUAUUAAGAUAAUAAUAAAAAAAAAAUAAAGAACAAAAAAAAGUGCUUUCUUUACUUAUUGCCCUUUUACCUCGGAUACAUAAAAUAUGUGCAACUCGAGGAAUAUUGAAAUUUACAUAGUUUCACUAGGUUAUUUAAAAAAAUCAUGGAUUCUAAUGGCAGAAAAGGGUGUGAGAAUUAUCUAUAAAUACAAAUUAUACAUGAUCAUUUUCAUGGUUUUAUAAAUAUCUUUUUUCUAUUUGUAUUAUAAGUCUAUAUAAAAAAUCGAACUCUGAAAUCAAUAUUAUUGCUUUGUAUAAAUGGUACAAUUGCAUGUCAAAUAUUAAAAUCAUCUGCUCAGGAAUGUCCAUGUUUUCUCUCUUUUAGUGUAUCAUGUUGGUGCUUUAAUUUAUAAAGAUGUGCAAUGUAUUUAAUGUAAUGUAAAUAAUUAAGAUGUAAAAUAAUUACAAUGUAUGUAAUAUAAUGUAAAUUUACUAUCACCAUGUUAUUUAAUUAUAUAAUGUUCUGUCAAUAAUUACUACGUUAUUAAUGUAAAUAUAUUUAUUAAUAGUACGAAAGCACAUGUAUUUAUUUUGGUAAAACACAUGUGUUUUAUUUACAUCAACACAUGUUUUAGAAUACCUGUAAUGUUUACAAUGGGUUUCCUUGGAUGAAAUUUGUCGCAUAGCAGGUAUUAUUCUCCGAAUUAAAACAGGUAUUCUAUGUAUCGUAUGAUUUCGGCUCUUGUUUCUCGUGCCUGCUGUUUUAUAUAAAUUAAAUGUAAUUUAUAAUGUUAUCAUUUGAAGUUCUGCCUUAGGCUGAGUAGCAUACUUUGUACUACUGCCAUGCCUGUAUUAACCAUAACAGACCACCGUUCUGAAGAAGAAGACAAAUUACUAAUACAUGAGUCUACAACUCCUUUAGUUCUUUACAAAGAAGCUGCAUUUCCUAGUUUGUUUGUACCAGUACCGUCUACAGCAACCCAUCAAACAGAGCCACAGCAAAAAAUAAGUGACAGCACCUUUUAGCUGGUUAAUAAAUAAAAUAUGCUACUCUCACAAGGAGAGUUAAUUUCUGAUACAUGUGUUGAGUUUUAUUGUAUAAAUAAUUUAUGUUAGUGUAAGUCUGGCGAACUAGAACAUAAUGUCAAUUAUUACCAUUUUAUUAAUGUAAUGAGAAUACUUACUAUGUUAUUAAUGUAAUGAGAAUAAUUACUAUGUUAUUAAUGUUAUGUUAAUAAUUACUAUGUUGUUAAUGUUAUGUCAAUAAUUACUAUGUUAUUAAUGUAAUGAGAAUAAUUACUAUAAUGUCAAUUAUUACCAUUUUAUUAAUGUAAUGAGAAUACUUACUAUGUUAUUAAUGUAAUGAGAAUAAUUACUAUGUUAUUAAUGUUAUGUUAAUAAUUACUAUGUUGUUAAUGUUAUGUCAAUAAUUACUAUGUUAUUAAUGUAAUGAGAAUAAUUACUAGUAUGUUAUUAAUGGUGUUGGUAAUUAACGUCCUAUGAAUGAAAUGUUGGUAAUGUAAAUUGAUGUUUAGGGUACUGUUCUGUGUGUGUAGGUUAAUUUAUUUAAUGUAUAAGUUAUUUAUUUAAGGAUUUAUCAUAUCACUGAAUAUGAUAAAAAAAUAUCAAUCAAUCUUGAAAAAAUCUUUAUUAAAAGGAGGAAGGAAGAAAAACAAAUAAAUAAUUAGUCAAUGAAUUUAUGUUGGUACCGAUUAUCAAAUUGUCUGCAUGUUGAUAUUGUAAAAUAUCAGCUGCGAGUCACAAUAUGAAGCUUUUUGUCGAGAUAAUCGAUUUAUCGGGCUGUUUUUGCGUCUUUUGGAAGUUAUUUCUUAGUUUCACCAGCAACCGGAAGAUGACUUGAUAAGUUCGGGUCAAACAUAUCAACGUCGGUUCAAACAUUAUGAUGUUGCUGAUAUGUCCGGGUCAAAGUCAUAAAGGCAAGGUCAAUGUAUUUGAGGUCACAAAGCCGUGAUAUGCAAUUUUAUUAAGAGCUGAGCAGAGUGAUAUAGACAGUGGGAUGAGCGAUAAAUUCAUAUACAAAGCAGCUGCAGAAAUUGUAAGUGUUCGUUUUAUACAUAACCAAGUUUAGUUUUUACACAUUUCGUUAUUUUUUGCUUGUAUUUUUUUAAAUCAAAAUUAUUUGAUUUUAAUUCCAAACAGUUGAUUCAUCAAAAAACUACAUUUGGCAAACAAUUUCACGAGCUGUCUCUGAAGAUUAAAAUUCCUGUAGAAAUUAACUCUAAUUUAUAAAAUUUUCAAAUGUAUUACUUUAAAUAAUUGAGUUGACUCACUUUAUAUCUCGAAGAUUUUGUUAUUUUAUGGUCUGUUAUAGCUGACUAUAUGAUAUGUUUUUUUGCUGAUUAUUUAGGGUCGUAUGGUGACUUGUAGUUUAUUGAUUUCUUGUCUUUUGAUGGAGUGUUUUUUUAUUUAUAUCAGACAACACCACCUCCUAUCUACCUUUUUUUUGAUAGCAUGAGAAGCUGAGACAUUGAUUCCCACCCUUUUUCAUGUUUUUUGAGUAACAAAAAUGCAAACCCUCUUGUAUGUUUAUUGACAAAAGAUUUAUCUAUUGCUAUCAUGCUUGCACUAUUUCCAAGAGUGAUAAAUUGAUUUAACAAAUACCUAUGACUCUAGUUUUAAAUUGCAUCCGUGCAAAUAAUCAACAACUGAUUGAUAAUGGAUACCUGUGAUUCAAUCAGAAGUCAUAUAUUUCAUCUUAGAUUCUUGACCUUAUCACAUAUCAUGAAGCUUGGAAAAGUUACCUACCACACAUUACAUAGUCAAAGCCUUACUUCUAUCUAAAACAAAUCUUUUCAUAAGAGUACAUUCUAGGCUUGGAAGUCAUAUGGUCAAAAUAUGAUGAUUUUGUGCAUAUUAUUAACCUAAAAGUAUGAGGAAAAACUUGGCUGCAACCUAUUUUCCCAAAUGUUCUGUAACCAAAAGAUGCUAAUGAUGAUGUUGAAUUCUUAGACACAAGAAAUUUCUGGAUCAGGCGAAAGUAAAUUAUACUAAAAAAUAUUUUGAAUCAUGGAUUUAUUUAAAAUAUUUUUUAGUAUAAUCAUGGAAGUAAUAUUGAAAGGAAUAACAACGUCGUCACUUCAAAGGUUUCAUCUGCGUUACCGCCCAUCUUUCGAUAACUCGUUAAUUGGUUUAAUAUAUGGCAUGGUAAUUGACUCUCGGCAUGUGAUAGAUCAAAUCACUGACACUUUUCGGUCAUUUUGUGUUCCCGGAAAAUUACGAAUAGACCAGUUGUUGUCGUAUGUACGUACGAAGUAACCCAAAUAGUUCACUCGUUACAUUCCGCUGCUGUACGCUACCGAAUAGAGUCAGUUAUUCAAUGUUGAUUUUAGUCUAUUUUUCCUAUUUAUGUCUUUUUCGAUCUUAAUAGUUUAGGCCGACAGUUAUCACAUAUUGAAUUUAAGAAAAAAGGGUGGAUCAUUUUCAAUUUUAAUACUUAAAACCAGUUAAUUAAGAAGCCAUUUCUGAAAGUUAAGAAGAUGAUUGUACAAAAAAAUAUGUGUCGACCCCCUUUUAUUAAAUACGAAUAAUCCAAGUCUUCCGUGUAUACCAGGCAAAACAAAUAUUCACAAUUUUAAACGUUUCUAUUCUUUAAUUUGUACAUAAACAAAUUCAUAUAAAAUAAAUUUGCGGUUAGACAGAUAGCGUCAAGCUCGUUUUGUAUGGUUGAUUUUCUUUUUGCUGUAACGUGCUACAUUAAUAUUAGUAUUCAAUUGUAAACACUUUUUUAAAAUAGAUAUAAAUUUAACAUGUUUACGAACUUAUGAUCCCGAUUUUAAUUGUCCAGUUUUAAUAACGUAAUCAAUUACUUGAAAGUAAAUAUUUUUAUAAAUCUCGAUAAACUUGGCACAUUUCAACAGUAAAAUAUUCUAUGUCUACAUCUGUCUACAUUAUUUUGUUCAACAUCAUGUGAAACCUGAUCGAUUCAUCGGUAUUUAACUGUUUUACUCGGGAUCCGCUUUUAACCGGAAAAUACUAGUUUAAAACAAACGGCAAAGAGCAAAAAUAUGCUAAAUUAAAUACAAUUUUCCAUGCUAAACUGUUGUAGGUUGAACAAUUCUCGUCCGUUUUUCAAGUUUUUUACAUCAUACGACUUCUUUCUGAAGGUAGAGGUUUUAUAUGAUACAGCGCCACCUUCUUAUUAAUAAACCUCGGAUUUCACACAGGUGCUUUAUAAUUACCGGACUCGAUAAAAUCACGUGACUGAUAAGAAAUUCCAGAUGCCAUUUUACAACCGCGGUAUCACAGAUAGUAACCAAAGGGGUAUUGCCGCUGAGACUAUAAUUGGAUAAAAUCAUAUGACUUUAGUACAGAGCUCUGCAGGCUGUUAAUACAUGCUAAUUAGUCGUUGUUAUUCCUUUUAAAUAUUACUUCCAUGGUAUAAUUUACUUUGGCGUGAUCCAGAAAUCCUUAAUUGUCAUAACAAAAAAAAAUACUGCAUAAUUAAGGGAUUAUUGUUUUGUUAUUUAUAAUGUGGUUAUUUCGUAUUCAAAGUAAUGUAGCAACUAUUUCUAUUUGAAAUUUGUAGUAUUUUGGCCUGAUUAAUAAAACAUCAAAACCCUAGGGCCAAUUUUAACUUUUUGUGAACUUACUCCUUUACAUAUUUGACUAUAUUUUACUCUGCAUUUAGUAUGUGAGUUUAUUUUAAAUACUUUCAACUUUGAUUAAUAAAAGAUCAUCAACCAUCUCAGGCCACAAAGUUCUCAACAUCUAAAUUUAAUUUUCGCUGUGGUUUUUUAAGAAUUAGAAUACUGUAUAAAUAUUUUAUUGUUAUUUGAAUUAUUUUUAUAUAGUAUAACAAACUACUUUGCAAUUAUCCUAAAAUAUUGCAAGUUUAAAUUUUUGAUGUGUUGAAGAAACAGGUGAUUUGGUUUUGUUUUCUGUAGAAAUUGAAGAUAUGUAAAAUGAAGAGAGAAUCACAAAAGAUAAAAAUCUACUUACUUUGAUAUAUUUUGUUCACAGAACUAUUUGUGUAAUAAAUGAAAAUAACAAAUAUAUUUGUUGCCAUGAA